GAAGAAGUAAAGAAGUAAGAUCAAUUCUCGGCCGUAGUUAGUUAUCCUCCGAAUAGAUUUCCGAUUCUCUGUUUCUUCUAGAUUGAAUUUAAAAACCCUACUUUUGAAUUUUCACAUGGGAGAACAAUCACCUUCUCAACCAUCGACUCAAUGCCAAAGUCAUCCACAAUCACCCAAACCCGAUACUCAUAACCUAAUCCCACCGGAAUCCACCGAUGAAUGUCUCGAUUCAGCUGGAGUUUCAGGCUCAAUCGUCUCAUCUACCACAAUCGACGCUCGACGGAUCACUGAACUAGGCAAUGUAUCGUCUCCGCCGUCCAAAAUCCCUCUCCGCCCUCGGAAAAUCCGGAAACUCACACUCGACGGAGACGUCUCCGGUGAAGAUUAUAAGGCGGAGGAUAUCUCCUCAUCUCAAGUAAACUCUCCGCUCGCGACGGAUGGAAAAUCUCCCGGUAAAGGUAAAUUGUCGCACUUACGAGCUAUAACUGUGCCGAGGAUCCAAGCUCGUCCUCUGACAUGUGAAGGUGAGCUCGAAACAGCGAUUCACUAUCUCCGUAACGCGGAUCCUUUGCUCGCGGCGUUAAUCGACGUUCAUCCACCGCCGACGUUUGAGUCUUUUAAGACUCCGUUCUUAGCUCUGAUACGAAACAUCCUCUACCAACAGCUUGCAAUGAAAGCUGGGAAUUCAAUCUACACACGAUUUGUUUCUCUCUGCGGCGGCGAAAAUUUGGUUGUACCUGAGACGGUCUUAUCAUUAAAUCCUCAGCAGCUUCGUCAAAUUGGUGUCUCGGGACGUAAGGCGAGUUAUCUUCAUGAUUUAGCUAGAAAGUAUCAAAACGGAAUCUUGUCGGAUUCGGCGAUUUUGAACAUGGAUGAGAAGUCUUUGUUCACGAUGCUAACAAUGGUUAAUGGAAUUGGGUCAUGGUCUGUUCAUAUGUUCAUGAUAAAUUCUCUUCAUCGACCAGAUGUUUUGCCGGUUAAUGAUCUCGGUGUUAGGAAAGGAGUGCAGUUGCUGUAUGGCUUAGAUGACCUGCCUCGGCCAUCGCAGAUGGAGCAGCAUUGUGCUAAGUGGAGACCGUACAGAUCAGUGGGUUCGUGGUACAUGUGGCGGCUCAUUGAAGCUAAGAGCACAUCAACGAGUGCUGCUGUUGCAGCCGGAGUGUCAUUACCUCCAUUGGAAGAUAUUCAACAAGAACAUCAGCAGCAACAGCUUAUGGACCCUCUUAAUGGUGUGUUCAGUAUCGGGUAAGUAAAGUUUGUUUCUUUUGGAAACUUUUGAAAGUUUUUCUCUGUACUUGGAGUGUGCUUAGCUUAAGUAGAUAGAUUAUUGAAAACUGUUACUUGCUGCAAAUACAAACUAAUAUGUUUGGUUUGGAUCACUAAGAUUAAAUAUCUGAGCUUUGGCCAACUAUUUGUGGAAUGCGCUUAUGGUUGAUAAAGUAUUUUAGGCCUCCAAGAUUAGGUGUAAUGUUUAGUUGGUGACAUUCAUGUAUAUAGGAGACUAAUAAUGAGCUUACAUUUCAUGUUUGACAAAAAGUAGUUGCUUGAAACCAUCUAGUGAGUAGUGAGUGAGGCUAUAUUUUUCAUCACCUCGAUUGACUGACACCUUCAGGGUGUCUACAUAGUGUCGUAGGAGAGUUUUUCCAGCUAUGGUCUUGAUUUCUCUCCAUGAUUCUUUCUACGCUAAUUCUUCUGAUUAUCGAUCUAUGACUCUUUAACAGGGCUUGGGGACAAUCGUAGCUGUUCUUCCACGUUGGUCCUGGAUGGUCUGAUGGCUUACAUGAGUUAUUUUGUUCUGGACUUGGGGUUUGUGCCUAGUAAAAAAAAAACUGUGGGAGAAAGAAUAAUAAAAGGAUGUGCUAGUCUGGGUUCCUUGAGACACAAGCUGAAGUAACAGUGAAUAUGAUCUUCUUAGUUGAGUGAAAGAGUCUGUAAUGUUAAGAGUGAGUAGCUAAUGACAAAGUAGUGUCUUCUUU